CAGUGCCCGGGCCCGCCGGACACGCGCUCUUCCAGGACGUGAGUGGGGCGCGGACGCGGGGGUUGAUCUAUCCCUGUCUCUUCCUGCCCUCACUCGCUUCUCCGUUCCUCCCUGUGUCUGUCUCUACCUGUGUCCCUGUCUCCCCAGGUCUCUUGACCCUGCCCUUCUGGCUCUGGUCCCUCACUGUCUCUGACCCUGCUCUCCAUCUGCGGAGGUCUCCCUUGAUCUCUCUGCGUUGUGUCCCCAGUCCUGCCUCCGCCUCUCCGUGUCUCCUUGUCCCUGCUCCAGUGACACUGCCCCUGAUGUCUGUGUCCCCAAGCCCACCUCAUCUGUGUGGCAGCCCCGGGCUGGGCUCGCGGGGCAAGGCAGCCUGGACACAGGUUUUCCGCCGAGCCGACAAGAAUGACGAUGGUAAGCUCUCCUUUGAGGAAUUCCAGAAUUACUUUGCCGACGGGGUUCUCAGCCCAGGGGAGCUGUGGGAACUGUUCAGCGGCAUUGAAGGGCAUCCCACCGACAAUUUAGAGACGGAGAAACUGUGUGAGUACUUUUCAAAGCACCUGGGUGUCUACCGACCUGUGCUGGCUGCCCUGGAGACGCUGAACCGAGCGGUGCUCACUGCCAUGGACACCACCAAGCUUGAGUAUGAGCAGGCCUCCAAAGUGGACCAGUUUGUGACACGCUUCCUGCUGCGCGAGACAGCCAACCAGCUCCAGGCUCUGCAGAACUCUCUGGAGGGGGCAUCAGACACGCUGGAGGCACAGGCCUGUGGCCCGCCGUAUACCAGGGCCUUGCCCGCCUGUGGGUCCAGAGCGUCGGAUGAAGAGAGUGUGGGAGUACAGAGCAGGCCCCGCAGCAGCCGGCGGGCAGGACGCAGGGCCCUGAGGAGCGCCAGCUGGUCGCCCUCCUGGUCUCCUGGCUCUUCUCACACAGGGCAGAGCUCAGAAGCGGAGAUACAGUGGCGGCUUCAGGUCAACCGUCUUCAGGAGCUCAUAGACCAGCUUGAGUGCAAGGCCCCCCGGCUGGAGCCUCUGCAUGAAGAGGACCUUGCAAAGGGUCCUGAUUCGCACAUCCUUGUGGCCCAGCGGCAGGUGCAGGUGGCAGAAGACGCCCUGCAGGACUUCCAUCAAGCCCUGUGCUGCUACAUGGACUUGACAGGGGCCCAGAGUCAUUGUCUGCAGCCCCACAGUGUGUCUGCCCACAAGAUGCUGGACAACACCUCCUACAACCUGUACGAGUUCUGGCAGGAUGAAGCCUCCUGGAGAAGGCACCAUCACGCGCCCUGCAGCAAGGCUUUCCAGCGCAUCCUCAUUGACCACCUUCGGGCCCCGGACAUCCUCACCACUGUGUUCUUCCCAGCCUCCUGGUGGAUCAUGAAUAACAACUGAGCCUGAGCUGCUUACACCAAGGACCGGGAAAGCCCUGCCUGUCUCUGCACCGGUCACCUCAGCACCAAGACCAAGAACCCUGCCUCCUCCUAGACCUGGGCCUGCCAGCUGGGGGAGGGCUCAGCCCAGGGAUCAGGGACCAGGCUGCUUAUUUAUUUAUUAUCAGUACAUUUUAUUGUUUGUAGCUUCAGCCUCCCAGGCAUCUAGUUUUCCACCUGGCUCAGGAGGCGAGGACUUGUCUCCUCUGCCCCUUUCUUGCUGUGUGACUGAGCAGGUCCCUUCCCUCUCUGGUUGGCCAGCAGUGUCCUGCUUUCUUCCUGCUGUUUGGGGGCCAGCUUUCUUCUUUUCCCCAACCAGUGGCAGAACCAGGGCUGAUGCUCAGGAACCCUCAACCCCACAAACCUCACCCCUGAGACUGGGCCGGAUCAGUCUGCCGUGUGGGGUAAGGACCUGGGUGUCCCCAUCACCCUUCUGGGCCCACUUGACUCUUCCAGCACCCACAUUUCACCAGGGAUCUCUGGAGGAUCCUAGGUUGGUUUGGACGUCAUUUGCAUGCUUAUAUCCCAACCAUUCUCAGGGCACUAUGGGAAGCCCCAAGGUGACUUUGCCAAGUAGCAAUAGUUAGGUUACCUGCUGCCCCCAGAGUCCGCUGAACCCUAGCCUGAGACCCCAGUACAGAGGCAAUAAAGGCAGUGAUCACCUUUGGUGUCCUCUCUUUCCCUUGGUGAGGCCAGGCCAUGGGCUCUGUGUCUCCCUAACCAGAACAGGCUGGAAGCCUGUGUUUAAAAUCAG